GUGCGAGAAGCCGUGUUUCUUUUGCAAAUAAUGAGCCGAUACUGGAAAACAUGGCUGAGCCAAGUCAACAAUGUACAACUUGUUUUACUAAAUCGUCAUUAUUGUUCUUCUGCCACGUAUCGGAGCCGUUUUAAAGCUCGGCAUAUGAGGGUAUUAUCAGUCCAUUGUUCAUUUUGUAGUUGCAAAUUCAAAGUGAGUGUUUUUCACACGGUCAUGCAUGUAUUUUUGAUACUACUGUUGUCUCCAGUAGUUUACAUUUAUUGCAAUGGUAAUCAAAUAUUGUUUUACAUUGGAAUUUGACUGCUAAUGUGUAAGUUGCAUUGUGGGUAAAGUUGGAGCCACAUUUUGACUGAAGAAAAGCAUCUGCUUUGAUUGCAGCACAUUUACACUUUUUUUUUUUUUUUACAUGUUCCUUGAUGUAAAGAUUUUACAAAUCAUCCCCGACUGGACGCUGGACGUCAAGCAACUUGGACUGUGUGCCGCUCCAGACUCUGGGACCUUGAUGUUUGUAAAUAAAAAUGCACUUUCAUCUGAAAAGAUUACUUUGGAGCACUGAGCUCCAGUCCUGUUGCUCUCGGCAGUUUAGACGCUUUGGAUGUUGUCGCUGGUUCAGGCGGUGCUUAAUGACACCUGGAAUGUGCUAGAACCAGACCGAGGCCAUUCGAAAACUCUCAGAUUCCAGCAACAACUGCCACAUUCCUUGACGUAACCAGCUUUGCAAGUAACGAAAGUAGGUGUGCGAAAACUGAGUGACAUAUGUAAAGAGGGAGUUGACAGAGCCAAAUUGGGUUGGGAAAGACAUGUGGAGGGAGGUUGUUGUCUUCACUACUGGAUCCAGCUCAGGUUUAUUUGUGAAACUUGGUUCCAAAUAAAUUUUUGUGAAGUGAACUGAUCCAAACUCUGUCCAGUGGGUGUUCGAUUACUAAGGGCCAGUGUGAGUAUCCUGUGGUGUCUCACCAGCAGUCAGAUAGGAGAGAGAUACAAGUUUAUAUCAUCAGGUUCAGAGAUUAGUCAGAAUAUAUCAAGACGGACCUGCAAGAAAUCCUGUCAGCAAACCAUACAGACUAUAUGGCGCACCAUAUCCACCCAUUGGUUGGACCUUUGUACAGAAACUUUGACCCUGUGCCAGACAAUACACCAAAGAUCCAGGGCUAUGACUUCAACCAGGGAGUGGACUACCGCGCCCUGCUGAAGUCCUACCUCAACACCGGCUUCCAGGCCACCAACUUAGGUCUCGCCAUCCAGGAGAUCAACAACAUGAUAAAGAGGCGUGAGCAGCCGGUGAAGGCGAGGAAUGGAAUCGUUGAAGAUCCGUCCACCUGCCCCUGCCUCAGGAGCUGCACCAUCUUCCUCAGUUGCACAUCAAACCUGAUCAGCUGUGGAGUCAGGGAGAGUAUCCGCUACCUCGCAGAGCACAAAAUGAUGGAUGUCUUCGUGACCACAGCUGGAGGCAUAGAGGAGGAUCUGAUCAAGUGUUUGGGCCCAGUUUACAUUGGAGACUUUUCUAUGCCUGGCAAGGAUCUGUAUGCCAAAGGGCUGAACAGGACUGGAAACACUCUGAUGCCAGAAGAAAACUAUGAGAAAUUUGACAAAUGGAUGAUGCCGAUCUUGAAGCAGAUGCUGGAGGAGCAGAACACUCAGGGCGUUCGCUGGACUCCAUCUAAAGUGAUCCAUCGGCUGGGCAAGGAGAUCAACAACCCUGAAUCUAUUUUCUACUGGGCCUACAAGAAUAACAUCCCCGUGUUCAGCCCCGCCCUGACGGACGGCGCCAUCGGGGACCUGUUCUUCCUCUUCUCAUUGACGAACCCUGGUCUGGUAGUCGACAUAGUUGAAGAUAUUUCAAAGUUGAACAACCUUGUAUUGGCUGCCAACAGCAGCGGGAUAAUUGCCCUCGGCGGAGGCGUAGCCAAACACCACAUAUGCAAUGCCAAUGCCUGGAGGGAUGGAGCUGACUACGCGGUGUACGUGAACACAGCGCAGGAGUUCGAUGGUUGUGACUCGGGGGCCACACCUGAUGAAGCCGUGUCCUGGGGCAAGAUCAGAGCAGUCGCCAAACCUGUGAAGGUGUUUGGAGAUGCGACCAUAAUCUUCCCCUUAUUAAUGGCAGAAACCUUUGCAGUUCAUGCCAAGGGGACGACUGGCGAGAAAAAAGAAUGAAACCAAUACCGUCUCCAAUACUUUGUGUGAUUUGAGUUGGCUUGCUGUGAGCAUGUACAUUUGAGUUUGGAUUUAAUCAUAUUGGUUUAUGUGUUGUGUUGGUUUAUUCAGAAUUUCACCACAAAUUAUGUGACACUUUCCUCUUUCUACACUUAACUCUGCACUUCUUCUAUGCAAGUUAAUUUAUUGUUGAUUUCAUUUAAAUGCAUUAACUGUACUUUAACUCCAUCCCUCUUAGUCGGGACUAGGCUGUGUCCUUAGGCAAUAUCAUAGAAGAUACUAAACAUGUUAAAAAAAACUGAAAUCUACUGUCUUUCUCUUUUUUUCUAUUUCUGUUUUUGGUGC